GGUCACAAAAAUCAACUACACCAGCUGUUACUUCAUUCUUAGUCCUCUCCAAAAGUUGCAAUUUUUAACAUGGACAUUAAUUAAAUCAAAUGGGGUAUUAACUUAGAGUAUAUUAAAGGCUAUUAAAAGAAAGCUUAAGGAAUAUAUUUUGUACCCAACAAUCCCAAGAAUCGGUCCUUUUAAGCCUGGAACUGGUCAGACUAACCAUGUGAAAGUACUAUCAACUUUACCUGGUAUAUAUUAGCUUCUUCUGCAGUAUAAAAGCAUAAAUUCUGGUUAAAGAUUCAAACUUUAUGGAUUUUAGGAGCUAAAUUUAGGUGGUGAAAAAUCUCAACUUUACCCAUUUUGGUUCUUGGAAAACCUUGAGGGGUUUAUGGAAGUAGUUAGUGCCUGCUGAAUUUGUGUGAAUGAAAAAGCAGAUACUAAUUUUUCUUAUAUCAGUAUUGUUGGCAUAAAUCUCUUUAGCUUAAAAAAUGUCAUUGUUUCUUGAAAAGAGCAUGCUAGCAUCCAGGUUUCUAUCUUGUUUAAUAGCUAUUUCGGUUUUCGUUUUGGUAGUUUCUUCAUUGUCCCUUCUUCAAUUUGCUGACAAUUCUUUCAUACCAAGAUCAGUGUUUAGGUUAAUUCUUGUUAAUACUACUUCCCUUUACUCGACCUCGAGUGUCACAAGUGGAGAAUCUAAAACCCCUUUCUUGACCCCUGAAACUUCUUCUGAACAAAGCUUGAAAAGCCAAGAGGUAGCGUGUCAAACAUCCAGUUCCAGCAACAGUUCAGCUGGAGUAGGAGUUAAUAAAGCUUGUGACGCGAAACAAGCUCUUCUUAGGGUGUAUAUGUAUGACUUACCCCCUGAAUUUCACUUUGGGCUAUUAGGUUGGAAAGGAAGUGGGAAUGAAAUGUGGCCUAAUGUUGGUAUACAGGGUCAAGUACCCUCAUACCCUGGCGGCUUAAAUUUACAGCAUAGCAUCGAAUAUUGGCUUACACUUGACCUUCUAUCGUCAAAUAUACCAAAUAUUACUAGACCAUGCACUGCUAUUAGAGUGCAGAAUUCAAGUGAAGCCGAUGUGAUUUUUGUGCCUUUUUUUUCGUCUUUGAGUUACAAUCGGCAUUCUAAGCCUCAUGGGAAGGAGAAGGUAAGUCUAAAUAGAAUACUACAGGAUAGAGUGGUGGAAUAUUUAAGAAGUAGAGAUGAGUGGAAGUUAAAGGGUGGGGCGGAUCAUCUGAUUGUCGCUCACCAUCCCAAUAGCAUGUUGGUUGCAAGAAAGAAGUUGGGCUCGGCCAUGUUUGUCCUUGCAGAUUUUGGAAGGUACCGAGCUGAAACAGCAAACAUUGAAAAGGAUGUGAUUGCUCCUUACAAACAUAUGGUCAGGACAUUAGAUGCUGAGAACUCGCCCUCUUUUAGACAGCGUGAUAUAUUGGUUUAUUUCCAGGGGGCAAUUUAUAGGAAAGAUGGUGGAACAAUCCGUCAAGAAUUAUACUACCUUCUCAAGGAUGAAAAAGAUGUACACUUUACCUUUGGGAGCAUCAGAUCAAACGGCGUCAGGGAGGCUGGACGAGGAAUGGCCUCUUCAAAAUUCUGCCUGAAUAUUGCUGGAGACACUCCCUCUUCCAAUCGCCUAUUUGAUGCCAUUGCUAGUCACUGUGUUCCUGUAAUAAUUAGCGAUGACAUUGAGCUACCAUUUGAAGAUGUUAUAGAUUAUUCCAAGUUCUGCAUUUUUGUCCGUUCUUCAGAUGCUGUAAAGAAGGGUUAUCUUCUGAACUUUCUUAGAGGAAUCAAGGAGGAUCAAUGGACCAAAAUGUGGAAAAGGCUAAAGGAGCUCACCAAACAUUUUGAAUACCAACAUCCAUCCCAACCUAAUGAUGCAGUGGAUAUGAUUUGGCAGGCAAUUUCAAGAAAAUUGUCAUUUAUACAACUCAAGGCUCAUCGCAACAACAGAUACCAUAGUUCACAGCUGUUCCUCAAGGACCGCUAGUUCUAAUAGGAGAUCAGCUGCGAGGUCAGGCUCGAUUCUUUAAGAAGGACUUGCACUAUGAAUAUAUUUAACUGUUUUGUUGCCAUUCUUAACAACUCCUUGUAUAUUAUUUUCAUUAUGAAGUUGCAUAUACAAGUUUAUGGCUCUUGGAUUGUUCUCCGGCAGAGAUGUUUUAUUUACAACCAGAAUAUUACCAUUGAUGUAAAUGGAAAUUAACUCACAUGCAGAGUGAUGCUUUGUCAGCAGAGAAAAAAUGAAACCAACAAUAGACAGUCUUGACAAUAUGUUACUAUCGUAAGCAUAUGCAUGAGAUGAAGAAAAUUGCGCAGUAGAAAAAGGUUCAGAAAAUUCAAUGUAAUUCAUCAUACGUGCAAGAAUUGCUGAUGUUUGAAAGUAACUAUUAUGAGCAUGGAUAUAUUUUUCUA